CAAAGGUCACAACUGACAAGGCCACCGUCUUUUUCUACUCCGUUGCUGCCAUUCCACCAAAAUCAGGAAUGGAAGCGGCAGAUGAGCGAACUAGUGCCGGACCGCCUCCCAAAACGACACAAGAGCUAGCAGUGGAGGGCCAAAAGCACCUAGAAGAUACUAUAGAGGCGGCCUACCAGAUUCUUUCUUCCAUGAACGACGAGCUCUGCAACCCCGCCUUAUGGUCCACGACCUCUUCUUCUACUACUUCUGCUCCCACUACAGUCACUACCAACGGCCAUUCCUCUCUCACCUCCAACGGCGUACUUAAUAACGGAGAUGCUGCCUCUGAUUCUACUCACCACAUCGAAACGGGUAGCACUGCUGGCGGCAGUGGCAAUGGAGCUCUGGAUGAGGCUCGCCUUCGCUACAAAACCUCUGUCGCAGCCCUUCGCGCUGUUCUCACUGCAAUUCCCGAUUCACUUUCUGCAAAAGCUUUUGAACCAGGUUCAUCUCCCUGUGAUUCGGCGUCCCCAGCCGAUCAAUCUGAACUUGAGAUGUUAGAAGAGCAAGCCUCUAAAUUACGAAAGGUACUUGCGAGCAAGAACAAGCAUGUUAAGCUUCUCAUGGAUCAACAACGAGAUCUCAUUACCGACAUAUCGACAUGGCAAAGCCCUUGCUCCGUCUGAAGUUGUCAGAUAGAUAUCUCUGCCUUGGAAUAGUGUGCCCGAAUAUGGAGGAGGCUUUAGACCCUAUAUCCGCUCGGGUAAAUAAGCUUUUCUUGACAUUACUUUCUUUGUGAAGCUUCAAUAAUUGUUUAUUUUAGUUUCUCAGACAAAUUUUAGGAGAUAACUAGUCUAAUCCUAGAAAAAAAAAAAAUGUAUUGCUUGCUAGUGUUCUCUAUCCGCUCUUCCCCCUACCCCACCUGAGAACGAUGCUCGUGUGGCUGAAUUUCUAUCUUGGAAUGUUUGUUUUUUGGGAUUUUUUAGAUUGUAAAUUCUUCUAUCUUCAAAUGUUUUGUUGCAUUAUGACAUCUGCUUUACCUGGAAAUCUGAAGCACUGAUGGGAAUGUGUUGAA